AUGUUCAUAACAUUUGAGCCUCGGGAACAUUACCUAAACGUUAACUCAUUUGUUGAUGUUUUAUACAACAGCCAUCUGGAACAUUACCUAGUUGUAAACUCAUUUGCUGAUCUUUUAAUAUUACGAACCACGUUAGCCACUGUAGGUAAUGUUCCCGAAGCUUUGAAACCUAAAGGGGGCGCAAAAGCAAGAAAAAUUCCCUCUGAGAAGCCUCCUCUAGUUGACACUGGUAAUGAUGUUGGAGUUCUCGAGCUUAAAGAACAACUAGCAGCACAUAACUCCGCUCCAGUACAUUCAACAGCAAAAGGAGCUACCGUGACCGAAGAUGUGCCCGCAGAGAGCAAGUCAAGCACUGGGACUCCUGCAGAAGCAAAUGACACUGCGAUACAAGUUCCAGACAGUGAAAAUGGUUGUGUGAUGGCACAAAGAUCAACGCCAAUUAGGGAAGAGAAAACAACAGAGGGAGACAACAAACAUGCCGAUGCACAAUUCGAUAGCCAGAUAGUAUCAGCUGUAGAAUGGGCAAUGAAGGGAGUGGCGGGAAACAAUCCCACAACCAAUGCCACGGAAAUCGAAACGACUGCUGAAACAAGGAAGAGAGCAACAACGACAACAGCGAACAACCCUCCUCAGCACCCACUGCCGAGCCAGGAGGUGAAGCCAGUUGAAAGCACGGGGGUCUCGCCGGAGAAGAAAGUCAGGAAAACAAGCACUUCACCCUUCGGUAAGAAGAGCGGACCCUCCGUUGGAUAUGAAGAAGGGAGAGAACAAAGAGACGAAGUAGUGGCAGGGAGUGUGUGAGUGCUUCAGAGUAUGGGUGGUUUUUUUUGGCUUAAAAGGUCAAUUUUUACUUUCAUUUUUUUUUUUUGCAUUUAUUAGUUUUGAGUCAAACUUUUGUGAUUUAUUGAUUUGUCUCGACAAGAGAAAUUA